AUGGCGGAGAGCGGAGAUCUGGACUUGGGGCAGCUGUCGACAAGUCAGCAAGAGGCUCUACAGCAGUAUACUAGUGUCACAAAUCAAGACCUCAAGGAUGCAAUACCAUUACUACAGCGAUCGCAAUGGAAUGUCCAAAUCGCCAUCGCCAAGUUUUUUGACGGUGAAGGUCCUGACCCAGUCGCAGAGGCCAUGGCACAAGAAAUUCCUCGCACGACAGCACGGCAUGAAAACCUCCAAGAAAGCUUGCAUGCCUCGGCAGGUCGACCGCAAGCUCCUCGAAGAGACCGUCCCGACCCCGCGCCGCGCAUCGUUCCCCGGCCGAAUAUCGUCCACCGACCGCCUUUUCUGAUCGGGCUGCUGUUGGCGCCCUUCAGCAUCGGAUAUAGUAUUGCGUCCAAGAUUUUCCGUACAGUCUUCUACCUACUCAGUUUCCUUCCGAGGCAGAUUCGGCCACGGACCAUUACGAGUGGGCCGGGGACUGGGCUUAGGAGCACCAACGGGCGCCGCAUGCUAAUGCCCCGGGAUACUGCUGCGCGAUUCAAGCGUGAAUUUGAAGAAGAGUAUGGAAAUACGGAUCUACCGUGGUUCGAGGGGGGCAUUGCCCAGGCCCAAGACCUGGCCAAAAAAGAGCUUAAGUUUCUGCUCAUCGUCCUCAUGUCACCCGAGCACGACGACACAGAAUCCUUCACGAGAGAGACUUUAUUGGCCCCGGACGUGGUCAGCUUCAUCAACGACCCAGCGAACAACAUCAUUUUGUGGGGCGGCAACAUUCUGGACUCGGAAGCAUACCAGGUUGCCCAAGAAUACAACUGCACGAAGUACCCGUUCUCGGCGAUCGUGUGCCUCACACCCAAGGAAGGAAGCACCAGAAUGAGUAUCAUCAAGCGCCUAGCUGGGUCUAUGCCAGCCUCUACAUAUCUUUCAGAGGCACAGGCCGCCCUCAACAAAUAUGCCCCGGACUUGGCAGGCGUUCGAGCUGAAAGAACAGCGCAGGAAGUGACGCGGAGCCUCAGGAACGAACAAGAUUCUGCCUACGAACGCUCGCUUGCCAGGGACAGAGAGAGGGCACGGCAACGGCGUGAAGCAGAAAAGGCUGCGGCGGAGGCUGCGCGGAAAGCCGAGGAAGAGGCCGAGGCUGCCGCAAGACGCGAGGAACAGCGCGAGAAGUGGAAACGCUGGCGGGCUACGACAAUGAAAGCCGAACCGCCAGCAAGCAGCAAAGAUGUCGUCCGGAUUGCUUUGAAGAUGCCCGAGUCAUCUGGCGCCGGGAGAAUUGUGCGCAGGUUCCAGAACGAUACCACGAUGGAAUCACUCUAUGCAUUCGUGGAAUGCUACGACGUGUUGACAGCACCUGAGGAGGUUACAGAGAAGGCGCCGGUGCAGCCCGAAGACUACGAACACACAUACCAGUUCCGUAUCGCAUCUGUAAUGCCCCGGAUUGUGUACGAGCCUAGCAAGGAGGAGACAAUGGCGCAGAAGAUUGGGCGGUCAGGAAACCUAAUUGUGGAGUACGUGUCGGCCGACGACGAUUCAGACGAAGGAGACGAGAACUUGUCUUAG